AUGCCUGAUAAAGCAGAGAAGGUUGCUACAGAACCUCAAAACGUGUUUAAACCUCCCAGGGAAUCUGAUAGUUCAUCAUCUCAGAAAAGGCAGAAGAUGGCUCUGUUGGUAAGGAAACAAGGAGCAAGAGAUAGCCUUAUUGAAGGCUCUGCCAUGGCAGAGGAAAGGGAGCUUAAGACAGGAGAUGGUGUUCUACCAAGCCAGUUGGAUUCUCAGAUUGAUGACUUCGCUGGUUUCAGCAAAGAUGGGCCGAUGCAGAAACCUGGUAGCAAUGCACCUGUGGGAGGAAUCAUUACCAGCAAUUUCUCUGGAGAUGACCUAAAAUGCAGAGAAAUAGUCCCUAUUCCCAAAAGCCAAGAAGAAAUUAAUGCUGAUAUAAAACGUCAAUUAGUGAGGGAAAUCCAAAGCAUUGGACGAAAAUACGAAAAGAUCUUCAAAUUGCUUGAAGAAGUGCAAGGACCUAUAGAAGUCAAGAAACUAUUUUUUGAAUCCAUCAUCAAGGAAGCAGCAAGAUAUAUGAGCCGAGACUUCGUUCAGCUCCUUGAGAAGAAACUGGAGCAUAUGAUUUGGGAGUACUUGUCCAUGGAGGAUUAUGACGACUCAAAUGCAUAAUCUUAUUAAUGAUUGAGGAGAGAAAAGGAUCAGAUUGCUGUUUUCUACAAUGGAGCAGGAUAUUGCUGAAGUCUC